UUCACUUCCGGGUGGCGCAGGCGCCAUUUUGUGAGCCGCGCUAUAAACGGGCGUUGGCGGCGCAGCGCGCCCAGUUAGUGCUCAGGUGGCGUCGGGUGCUGAGUGGGUCUGUUCGCGGCGCGCUGCCAGCUUCUUCCAAACGUCUCCACGCGGGAAGCGGCUACCUUCGCAGAGGCGCGGCGUCGAGCCGAGCCUUGUGAGGAAGCCCCGCCGCCUCAGCCGACGCGCGCGGCCCGCCCAGGGCGCUAAUCCCCGACGCGCAGCGCUGGGCCGCGGGCCGAGCCUUUGAGAAACCAUGAGUUACGGCCGCCCGCCCCCCGACGUGGAGGGCAUGACCUCCUUAAAGGUGGACAACCUGACCUACCGCACCUCGCCCGACACGCUGCGGCGCGUCUUCGAGAAGUACGGGCGCGUGGGCGACGUGUACAUCCCGCGGGACCGCUACACCAAGGAGUCCCGUGGCUUCGCCUUCGUUCGCUUCCACGACAAGCGUGACGCCGAGGACGCCAUGGACGCCAUGGACGGCGCCGUGCUGGACGGCCGCGAGCUGCGCGUGCAGAUGGCGCGCUACGGCCGCCCGCCCGACUCGCACCACAGCCGCCGGGGGCCGCCCCCGCGGCGCGCGGGCGGGGCCUCCCUGACCGUCCUCUCCGCCCGUAGCCCCCGGCGACGACGCCGCAGCCGUUCUCGCAGCCGCAGCCGGUCCCGGUCCCGGAGCCGAUCCCGCUACAGCCGCUCCAAGUCUCGGUCCCGCACGCGCUCCAGAUCGCGCUCCACGUCCAAGUCCAGAUCCGCGCGGAGGUCCAAGUCCAAGUCGUCGUCGGUCUCCAGGUCGCGCUCGCGCUCCAGGUCCCGGUCCAGGUCUCGGAGUCCUCCGCCCGUGUCCAAGAGGGAGUCCAAGUCCAGAUCGCGAUCCAAGAGUCCCCCCAAGUCUCCGGAAGAGGAAGGAGCAGUGUCCUCUUAAAAUAAUGCUGCGGUCUCCUGUUUGAUAAAAGAAUAUUGGCCAGUAUUGCAGAUUUUAACUGAUUUGGCUGAUCCUCCAGGGACCAGUUUCUGUGGGCGUGUAUUGGAGCCAGGUUUGUCUUUAAAUGUUAAAGAUGCACUAUCCUCUUAGAGAAAACAAUCAGUUCAACUAUUGUACUGACUGGGACUUCGUAUUCUAGUGGAUGUGGCAAACGAAUUGCAAUAAGAAGCACAAUAAACUUUUGGAACCCCAAAAAAAGUUCGAAGGUAUUGCACUGGGUGGGGAAAGGAUAGUGUGUCUUUAACUCUCAAAUUGUUUGGUCCUAUUUUUUAAAAGGAAAGGGCCCUGAGUAGCUCAGAUAUUAAAGCAUUCGUUAUUCUCAAUUGCCAGGUGUUCAUUUCCAAACUAAAAAUUUGCUUUAGAAAGUCAACUAAUUUUCUAAUUCCAAGUUAUAAAUUUUUGUUUGAAUACAGCCCUUUUUUUUUUCCCUUACCUUUUUUUUUUUUUUUUUUUUUGCAAACUUUGGUUUUUUGGCCAAGAAUACACAAGCUCAAACUUGUAAAUGCUGAUCGUAGUCUUUGAAAAGUUUCCUAAUUGGGCCUUUAAAAAUCUGACAAUGGCUGGGUGGAACCUUACUGUAAAGUACUUGUUUCACUAGAGCCUUAGGAAGUACAUGCCUGAGAUUGAAACCACGCGCACUUUGGAACCUUCAAGGUAAUGGAAGGUAAACUGAACUUAAUUUUUUUUCAAACCUAGAUGUGUCGGCAAGCAACAUAAUAGAGGACUUGGGGAGAAAGGACCACACAUAAACUCAGUCCAUCAGAGAGUCCUUGGAACAAGCAACUGGCUGUUGAAAAGGUUAUUUUGUAACAUUUGUCUAACUUUUUACUUGUUUUAAGCUUUGCCUCAGGUGGCAAACUUCAUUUUAUGUGCCAUUUUGUUGCUUUUAUUCAAAUUUCUUGUAAUUUAGUGAGGUGAACGACUUCAGAUUUCAUUAUUGGCUUGGAUAUUUAAGGUAAAAUUUCAUUUUUGUUUGUAUAGUGCUGACUUUUUUUCUUUGAAA